CCGGCACUUCAGGCACUGUGAGCAACUCCGCCCACUCGGUAUUUAAACCCACAAUGUCACCCGGAGCUCAGCUUCACGCAGGAGAACUUGAUCUUGACCAACACGUUUGGAUUCAUGGGAAAAAGCAGCAGUGAGUCGUGAGUCUGCGCUCCUGGAGGUUUCAUCUGCUCUCUGCAAAGUUUGGAUAUCGCCCCCCAGCAUCAACACUUAAAAAAGAAAAAGAAAAAGUUUAUUUAUUUUAUUUUUUUAUAUAUUUUUUUAUUUAUUAUUUGGGUUCCUCACCCACCGGCGGGACUGACGCCGGUUCCUCCCGGUGCGCCGAGUCGCCCCCUCCUUUCCAGAAAAGGGGUGUAAAGCGAAGGAGUUGGCCCGGAGAUGCGGUCCCUGCUCCCGCUGACUGUGUAUUGCAUCAGCCUGGUUUCCCUCCAGCGGCUGCAGGCUGCGCCGGCAGAGGAGCGUCCCCGGAACAGGUUGGACCUCCUCUUCAAGCUCAUCGGCCAAACGGGGGACAUCUCCUACAUUCCAGGAAGUCAGACGGACAGCGCCGUCCCGCCUCCAGCCCCCAGCCAGACCCCCAAAUGGCCGGCCGGUUUCCUGAGACACCCCCCUGUGACCGGAGCCCGUCCGGCCUCCCCGGGCCUGGCCUGGGCACGGCCGGAUGAGGCCCCCCAGAUGGAGCGGCGGCCGCUGAGAGCCCGUCGCCACGCCCACACGGGACCGCGGGGGGGCCACCACUACCCCCACCACGGCCAGCUCAUGAGGGUGGGCUGCGUGCUGGGAACCUGCCAAGUGCAGAACCUCAGCCAUCGACUGUACCAGCUGAUCGGGCAGAGCGGCAGGGAGGACUCGUCCCCCAUCAACCCCAAGAGCCCCCACAGCUACGGAUGAGUUGGCCUCCGGACGCCCUCAGCCGGUCCGUCUGGAUCUCCAGCUAUUUAUCUCCUCGUGUAUUACUGCUAGUCUGAUAGGAUCCAUAACUUGAGGUAUACUCUUCUUAAACGACUCUUGCUUUCACUUUCUGUGUGUGGCUGAUGGAUUUGGAGACUGAAUCCAGUUUGAACCCCCCCCCCCCCAUCUGAGUUUCCCCCCAUCCUGAGAACUUCAGGCUCUUCAAGGACGUCGAAGUCUCUUUGCUUUUUUUUUCCUCGAAAUGAGCCUGGAACCUCGACCGGACUUUUUAAUCCUGUUAAUGUAAAAACAAAGGCUUGUCAUCACCAUCAUCCGGCGGCCUGGCCCAGUCUGCCAUCCGACCCCCCCACCCCCACCCCCACCCCCACCCCCACCCACCCAGCAGUGCUUUUCCCAUGGCCCGUUGAUCAAACACUGGACUCUCAAUCUGGACUCUUAGCCCGAUCCCUGUCAAAACCCAUACAAUCCCAAACACCCUUCCAGGUGACCCCACUGACCCUUUCUGCUCAUUUCUUGCCCCCCCCCCCUCCAUUUUUCAUUGUUGGAUGUUGGACAGGCACCACAAGCCUGCAGCUGAUCUGGAGGGUCAUAAAGGAGGCCCAGCAGCGUCCAGUGCCGUCGGAGAGGAAUGCAAACAGAAAGUCCGCCGUCCGAGGAUCAGUUUCAGAUGUGCGCCGCGGCGGCCGGCGCAGUGGGCGGCGGAGUGAACCGUGGAGUCAGGGAUCAGCGCGCCGUCGCACCCCGGCGGGGGCCUUUCUUCUCCCCGCCGGGGGCCGAGGAUGAAAUAUUAGCCUUUUCACGUGAUUCAUAAGUCCCCUCCACAAGUCAGUGCUUUGGGCUGACAGCACUUUAAUGAACCCGACCCGAUGGCUUCGGUCAUAUGUGCGGCCGCAGCGGGAGAGGGGGCUGAUGGGAGACGGCGGCCCCCGCCCUCUCGCAGCCCACUCCACCGUACGUAAAUAAAGAGAACAGGCCGUGUGGAGUUUCACACACACGCAGGCUGAUCUUCAAACGUUGGUUCCAUGUUUCUUCUUGCAGAUGUUACUGACAGAUUUUAUUUAUUGUUAUGCUUUAGUGAGGCCUGCAGGAAUACAAGUCACCUCCACGGAAAGAAAGUAGAACUUUUAAAAAGACAAUAAUCUGGAAUUUGGUCUGAAAAUGCGUGAAAAUCGUUCAGUAAUCUAAACAGAACCCGAGUCUGAAACGCAGCAAACGUUAUCCUGGAAAAAAGACUGAAUGAAACGAGGUGGAGCCGCCCGGGUUCCCACUUCACAGCACCUCCCGCCGGCACCUCGCCGCUCCUCCCGUCUCCCUUUAAUGGGAUUGAACCGGGACGCCGCAGGGACCCGAGGCGUCAGGCGCCUCAAACGCCACAAAUAGCAUGGCGAAAACGCAACGUUUCCUCCGCUCGCUAUUCUCGGCCCGUCUCUGAAAGAGGUGGGCGAGAAUAACCGUGGGCCGUUACAGAGGCAGUUAUAUUCCAUAUUAUUUACAUUCUUCUCUGCUCUUUACAUGCGGGGGGAGGAAGGAAGACGGAAUGCCGCUUUUAGACUUCGGCUUGACGCCGUCUUGCCGUUCGGGUCGUGAUGGAAAUUCACCAAAUUCCUGGUAAAACUUGAUCCACACCUGUCUCCCUGCAGCCCAGUGCCUCACCUUCAGCUCUUUUACGUCCUCUGGUUUUUAUAUUAAGUCUCUUUUCUGGUUUUGUGUGUGAUGCCGGUGGCGGUGGC